CGGUCUAGCCGCUCGAAAUCAUAGAAUAAGGCGUAGCACCGCAGCAAUAUCUACAUGCUCCCGGCAUUUCCAAAGCAAUACGCACGGCGGAACCCAUUGGAAAAUUUGAAUAAUGUUGCCGAAGCUUUCCGGAAGGUGAAAUUGAGGAAUAUAUUUGGAUCAAUCCGUUUGGUUGCGCACUAGAGGAGACACAUGCCUUCGAGGUAAACAGACAGCAGGACUGGACAGCCAGAUAGUAGCCUAGGUUAUAUCGUUUUUCUCCCGCGUUAUAAGCGGUUACAGGCUGUUAUAACGCCACGGUAGUGGUCCUAAGGUCGAGCAGAGCGUCAUAUUUUGGUUUGUGCACCUUGGUUGGUUAUUGAGACGCAGUUGGAAAUGUCGGAAGUACUACAAGACGAAAUGAGUCAUUAUGGAAAUGAGGACGAUGAGGGACACCUUUCCUUCACCUGUCGCCUCCAAGACACCAACAACUUCUUCAGCGGCUCGCAGGGGGGCAAACGCCCGCCCAAACUUGGACAGAUAGGCAGAAGCAAACGAGUCAUCGAGGAUGAGAGCGGCGUUGACGAGGCGCAGAAAAACGGGACAGAGAAAACACAGACGGAGGCUUAAACACACCACCCCUGCCCCCCCCCCCCCCCCGAAAGACAUUGAUUCUCAUUUUCUAUUCGAAAUCAACAGUUUUAAUCCAAAAACACUAUAUAUAAGCACCUUCAUCCCAUAUGGCAGCAAGCACUUCUAGACCCUCUCCCAGUCCUCAUGAUGGUGAUCUCCUGGGACUUAUACUGGCAGGAUGGGGAAGCAGCCAAGACAAGAGAUGGAGACGGACACGGAGACCGAGACGGUGAUGGAUACAGACGCCCAGGUGAAUGUCUGCCAGGGUUUACGCCCAUAGAGCUUGUCUAAAACGGGGGAUGACCAGCCUUCUACCCAGAGAGCUACAUGGUGAGCAGCAGGCUUUUGCUUCAGCCCUACACAUUUUACACUAGUCAAUUAUUGGUCGUAUAUAACUCCUAAGCAGGUUGACCAACAAAUGUAGCAGUCUGAAAACUGUCUUUUCAUGGUCCUGGGUAGCAGCUCAUUCGUAGCAUUAGGUGUAUUAGAAUAGGGAUGGAUCAAAACCCUGCCGGAGGGGGAUAGUUCUCAAGGAGGAGGGUCUAAACCAUGUGACCAGGAGAGGAUGCUGAUGGAGGAAGACAAUGCUGUCGAACAAACGCAGAAAUCAGGGAACAAACUAUAGAAAUUAUCUUAUAAACUAAAGCACACACACACACUCUUAUAUCAAUCAAACCAUAUGAUAUUACAUUACCAUUCUUUCUGCUCUUGAUUCUUCUGAUGACGAGUGCAAACAAAUAAAUAAUAUAAAUAACUUGUAAAUAAGAAAUGGUACAGAUGUAGGAUCUUAAUUUGAUCACCCUGUUGCAGUAAAACUUGUAGUGUAUGUGAGGUUUAAAAAGGCAUCUGAAGUUAGUCAUUUCCACUUUGAAAUUUCAGGCAUGAUUUCCCUUAUGAGAAAUGCAUCAAACCCUACAAAUGUCCAUUAAUUAUGAUCCACAUAAUAAUUCACAUUUCCUGUUGCUGCAAGAUUAUUUUCCUGCUGUAGCAAACUGGCUCAAAUUAAGAUCCCUACAUCUGCAGCCCCACGUUCUGUUCUGUGCCAGUCGGUUUCUGCUCUCUUGUCAACUCCUUUUGGAAUUGUCAUUUUUGGUGUGACAAUUGGUCGUGAUAUGGACCUGGCAAGAUGGCACGAACAGAUCUGAGACCAGGCUAACGUUUUGUUGCACAGCGGAGAAAAGAAGCAGUGAAAUGGUUUGUUGUAAUCUAACGUAAUGUGUCUGUAUAAAGAGACCUUAUUUAUUAACCCUUUGGAGAAGUAUUUUGCAGUGCUCAAGGCCUGAGGGAAAAACGGAGGGAGAUUUUUGUAUGGAGAGAAUUACGAUGACAGAAUUAAUGAAGUGAUCUUUUCCUUUUUUUUUACUUCUUAUAAAUUUUGAUGUCGCCUGAUCAGUUUUUGUUACCAUCCUUUGCAUCUAUAGAGUCAUGUAUACACAUUAUACAGUACUGUACAUCACUUGUUUGUAAGGCACCAAAAGGCCUAAAGUCUGGAUUGUUAAAUAUAAAUGUACACACUCCCUAUUUAUGAACUAUUUCUAUUGCAUUGCGCAUUAUCACGUGUGCCAAAUAUCAGGAGGGAUAACCAGACAACAUGGUUGCUUAUGUUGUGCUUUCUAUACGUUUAAUUGUACAAAUUUUGUUAUUCUUCUGUUGUUGCCAUUGUUCAGGGCUUUUUCUUACCACUGAAUUACCAACUGAUGCAUGGCAGAAAUUGAAUCAUGCAUGCAUGGCAAUGUUCUGAAGAUGAUCUUGUGUAUUCUAGAACACCUCCUAUACCACUUUGAAUGACUAUCCUCCAGAACAGUCUUAAUAUGACGUAUGUUGUACUGUGCUGUACUAUUAUCUCACUGAUUUGUACAGUAGUCUAAUAUCUUGUAAUAAAGAUUCAGAAGAAGUUAA